GUUGAGAAUUGUUAACCCCUUCAUCCACUGUUUAGUAAUUCCCACCUCUUAAAAAAUACGUGGGGCCGUGGGACAAGGUCUUUUUUUCCUUUCCGCCCCACGUCUCCUUCUGCUCCUCUUCCCCCCAACUCUUCAGCUUGUGAUCAGCUGCAGACCUGUUUACGUUAUAAAUUAGUAUAAUACUGGUAAGCAAACUAAACCAGACCUCAAUCCAAUGGGGCUGGAAGACCUCGAACCCAUCUUUGGCGAAGCAAAAGCGCAGUGGUCGGCCCCGAGCUCGCCCCCGCUGCGGUCGUUUCUCUUCCGAGUAUAUGCUUCCAGCCCUUCUUAUCUUAGAGUUCAAGUGACUGAUUUCCAUUCCAACACUUUUGAGGCGGUCCGAUCCAUCGAACAGCUUGAGGACCUGAGGGAUAUGGUUGGAAUUGGGGGAUCGUGGUCCGAAUUUAUAGAUUAUCUAUUUACUUCCUUAAAAUCUGGUGAUGUUAAGCUUCUGGAGGGAGAGUCAAUAUCACACGGUGCUCCAUAUGCAAAAUUGACUGCUCAGAAAUCAAAAGGGUUGCCACUAAUCUCUAUAUCCCUUACUAGACUAGAAGAUGCUGCUGCUAAAGAGGCUAUGGCUAGUCUUUCCCUGGAUCUUUUUAAAGCAUUCAAAAGCAUGCAUAAUCUUCUUAUACAUGAGCAAGAGCAGUGUUGUCAGCUGACGAAAGUAAUAUCAGCUGAACAGGAAAAGAAUGAAACUAUCCAGACGCAACUUGAUGCAGUGCUAUAUUCAAACAGGCAGAAGUCGCAGAAGAUGAAUGACAAAUCAAACCCUGGUGCUAUGUUGGCUACUGGUGUGCAGGAAUCUCCAGACAAGUUGGCUGCUCAAAAUAAGGCCUCAAGUAAAGUCGCCAAGCGUGUUGUACCGGCAUAUCGCAGGGCAAAAGUGAGAGGAGUUCUUUUGCAGGAUACUGACGAUACCUAGGAUAACUAGAAUGUAUUUGGCACCGUCUUUACACUCGCAUGAAAGAUAUGUAGCGUGAAAUGUACAGGCAAAGGACUGUUGUGAGUUUGGUUUGUAACUCACCCGUCAGACACUACGACGACAGGUAAUUGUAAUUGUAGGCAUACACAAGAUGUAGGUCUUGUUUUGUUACCCUUGAAAGAAAAAUGUAUCAGUAUAGAGUGAUGAGAUUUGUGGCCAUCUAUUAUUUUAAUUGAUAACCUGGAGACCCCAAGAUCCUAUUUUACCC